AAUCUUGGACCCGGCAAGUUCCAAUUUGGAUCCAUUUACCUUUGCUGGAAAACUUCAGAGGCGCAUGGAACAAGUUUGCCCGCAACCUUCAUCUAACCAUAGCAAGGCACAUUUUUAUAUUCCUCAUCAAUUGUCGGAUGCAACUCAUGUCUUUAUUAGGCCCGACGCGCAUAGAACACCUCUUCAGCGACCAUACGAUGGCCCGUUUCGGGUCCUGGAGCGUCACGACAAAUUUCUUAUUGAUUUUGGAUCAAGACAAGACAACGUUUUAAUUAAUCAUCUCAAGCCCGCAUUCCUAGAGUCUGACACACAACCCACAACUCCAUCAUCAACACCACCAAGCUCGUCAGAAUUUGACUGAGGGUAUAAAAACCACAAAGCAGUGCAAAUGUAAUUCUUUGGGCCAUUGUGGGACAUGGAGUACCGCCGUUUCCUGUCCUCCACCGUCCCCUCUCCUCCGGAUUGGAUCUGCUGUGAGUGCGCACCUCCUCGGCUCCUAGAACACCACACAUGCACCUUGAUCGAUGGCUGACCACGGAUGAAACUCAGCGGAUUGACCUGCAGCCCCUUGCCAUAGGUGACCUCUAUCCAUCCCAAUAGCAAUAGACUUGAACACCUACGCAGUAAGCAAAUCACGUACGUACGAUGAUACGCAUCGGACCUGAGGUUUGGGAUCGGUCGGGCUCUAUCGGGCACGGCUGCUGAAUAUUCAUUCCUCUGAACGAAUGGGAAAGUGUCAAUAUUUGCUAUCUUUGUCUUAUUUUAUCAUCAAAUAAGUCGUUAAGAUCAACGAUAUAGCAGAGUAGCAAAGAAGGUCAAGUUGUCAACUCAACAUACAAUGCGUCUGGCGCUCUACAUCCUCUCAGUUCUUCUCAGUAAAAUUUCUCGAGUAUCUUGCUUUACAUUCCCCCUUCAGAGCCGCAUUUUCUUAGUCAUGUGACCUCUAUUAUUAAUUAAUGCGGGAUAUUCCAAUGAACUCUUCCACACGCCUUAUGGAAUUGUCUCUUUUCUGACCCAACGCUGUGUAAAUUUUUCUGCGAAUAGCUUCAUGGGGAAUUCCCCCUGCUCUUCCUUGCUCUCUGAAUAAGGAACACAGCAAUAUGAAAAGUUAGUUAUUGAAGCGGAUGUACGCUCGGAUCGAGCGGAAGUCAAUCGCGUCCUGAGCAUUAGACCUGCUUGCGUCCUCAAGGUCGUCGCCCGAGUCUAACCAAAUAUUCGAGCGCUCAGGAUCUCAGGAGGAUGCAUGCUUCUAGUCCAUGCAUACCUGCAUGGGAGCAUUCAGAGGUUUUUUUUAAGGCCCACCUGAAUGUCAAAUAGCGUAUACUGGGAAUUGCGUAGGCCGCUGGAUGAGGCGGCGAAUGACCGUUGAGGAUCCGAUGAUUUUCGAGAAAGAAACAGAAUUACCUUGAACCGCAAUCCCACUCGAUUAAGAACGUUGUUGCAUUUUCUUCUGUCUCUUCGAGUUGGAAUUUGUAACUUGUGAGUGGCAAAAAUAGGUCCCACCAUUGGCAUCUUCUAAACCAAUAUUUGAAGUGUAGUGGGCACUCACACACUCGUCAUGCGGCGUUCAUUGCACCCUAGCCUUUCAAUUCUUUUGCUACAAUGGAGUCUGGUUGAGGGGGGUAUCCUCCGAGGCUCCUCCGAGGUUGCAGCGGGGAGAGAAGUUGUGGAUGACGCAAACGAAGCGAUAGUGGUGAGUGCAUCCGAUUCUGGCUCGUCGUCAUCGUCCUCGAUCGUGUCUCCCGAUGGUCCGGGUCCUUCCAUUUUGGGCUCCUUGGACAACAUCUUCGGCUCGGUCAAAGACUUUGAUCAGUACCAAUGCUUGGAGAAGAUGCUCUGUGAAUACAUGCAAACGGAUGGCGAUGCCGUGUCCGAGCUCAUCAACCGACCCUUGUCAGGGUUUCAAAGUGCCACCGCCACUGGGCUCACCGCCUCCAACCCAACGGAUACCCGCUUCGCUCCCGCGCCCAAUGGACCUAAUUUUGACACACCCAACGCGCCUUUUAGGCCCCCCAACUUUCAGCAACAACUGCUACAACAACAGCAACCGCCACCAAGACCCGGACAAGGGGGUUUCUUAGGUGCUGGUGGUGGGGGAAGCAGUGGUGGGGGUCUGCUGAGUCAAUUAGGUAGUGCUCUUCUGGGUCGUAAAAAGCGUCAAGCUGCUACGUCAAAUGUGCAGGGCAACAUCAUUCGGUUGUUCCAAGCUACUGGUAUGGAUCACCUCAACCUGUUCCCUUACGUUCGAGCGGCUCUCAUAGGGCAUGCCACGCGAAGUGACUUGAAAUCCGGUGGAGGUUUCGUUCGACGAGGAAGUUCUUGUCAGCAAAUGUACCGUCAGUGUCCCACGGAGGCCUCGGGGGUGGUUGACUACCUCAACAAUCAUAAUGGCGGACUGUUCAAUCAGGUCGAACCCAGCGUCAACCAAGAAGUGGCUCCCAUUUUAAGUUCCAUCGUGUCAGACGUGAUUGGAGGAGGAGGAACUAGUGGGACGCAGACCCAAUCCAGCUCCACGGGAGGCUUGGCGGGUUUGGCGGGAUCAGACUCCUCUUUUGGCACCAUCGACAAGCUCAUCUCCACAGCUUUAAUCAAUAAUGCGGCGGAGAUGUUGACGGGGGGCACCAGUUCGUCCUCGUCGUCAUCAUCUGCAACGGCAGCAGCGUCCGGAGGGGGUUUGUCUUCUCUUUUAGGCGGGUCUGGGUCAUCCGGGUCGGGAGUUAUUGGUCAAGCUUUAAGCACUUUCACCAGUUUUGUGUCUGGCAAACGAAAAUAGAAACCAAAAUUGAUCGUUCA